AUUUCAUAAUUUAUAAUAUUGUAUUGAAUUUGCAAGUGUUGAGUUCGACGACUCGACCAUAGCGCAAUGGCUCAGCAAUGAGUUACAGCGCUAAGGGCCGCGGGUUCGAAUCCCGCACGGGACAAGUAUUUGUAUGGCCUACAAAUAUUUGUUCUGGGUCUGGAUGUUUGUCCUUGUGAAAUUUAUGUUUGUAAACCCCCACGAUACAGGAGAAUCUCCUAGUAUGAAGGUAAAGUUUUUUUAAAAAAAAAAUUGGAAGUAGCCUUGACAUCAUAAUUUGUUUAUAUUUUGAUAAUUCGAGUAGCAGUCUCGUACCGACAGGCGAAGUGUUGGGCCUCCCCCCACUAGACGGAGUGACGACCUAAUAACGUACAGGAAGUCAAUGGAUGCAGGUGGCUUGAUCCCGUACUUUGUGGCAUUCCUUGGGGGAGGCCUAUGUUAUGUGGAUUUGUGAAGGACUGUAAUGAUGAUCAUGAUCAUGAUCUGCUCUGUAUCUGUAUCUUAUUAUUAUUUUUCUUAUUAUUGUAAUAUGCACAAAAUCUUCAUUUUAUAGUAGAAACAGAUAUGGUCUAAAGUUUCUGUGUAUCACAGCAGACUUAUGGUAUAUAUUUUUACAGAACUCUUGUCAACGCUAAGUCUGACAUUGUGGAACUGCCAGCUGAGCAGUUACAGAGCACAAGUGAAUCCGUCGCUCCACCACAAUAUCCAGAAACAUUUGACGGGACAGUAGUGGAACUACAAUCAGUAUCGCCCAGUUUUUUUGACACCUCAGAAAAAGUACUUGGUACUGAAAGAAUUACAGGAACGGUCUCUCCGCAAAUUCUAGAAAUAUCUGAUAUGGCACCAGUGAACCUUCAGCCAGUGUCAGUCACACCACCGCCAUGUGUGACCGAAGCCCCCGAAGACCCGCCUUAUAUAGUGGAGCAAGAGUGUGAGACAAACUCGAUCAAAACAAUCACCGGUCGCAGAAUUGUUGACAUCGUUUAUUUUUUGGAACAAUUGCAACAGCAAAAACACGACCCUCUAUUUCAGUGUGAUUUCAGUUGCUUGGUUUUAAUAACAGAAAAGCGCACCGGCCUCGUUUCACAUUUCAAUUUCCAAUGCAGGAUGUGCAAGAAAUAUUUCAAGGUGUGUACUGAUCAUUUGGACACUGAUCGUAUAGAUAUUAACACUGCAGCAGUCUCAGGUAUAGUAGCCUCUGGGAUUGGGUACUCACAAUUCGAAGAGACUAUGUCUGCUAUGGACGUUCCUAUUUUCCGUGAAAAAUAUUACGCGAAAAUUCAAGAUCACAUGUUCAAUGAAUGGGAAGCUACAGCAGUGGAGGCAAUGGAACAAGCUGCUGCUAUUGAACGUGAGGCAGCAAUUCAAGAAGGGAGGGUUUUUAAUGGUUUCCCUGUGAUUGAUGUGUUUGCGGAUGGUGCAUGGUGUAAACGCUCUUAUGGCAAUAACUAUAAAGCAAUGUCAGGUGUUGCUGCAAUCGUAGGUCGAAAAUUUGGAAAAGUUCUUUUCAUUGGCGUCAAAAAUAAAUAUUGCCUAAUAUGUGCAAGAGCAGAGAAACGUCAGGAGAAACCGAAAAGUCACGUUUGUUAUAAAAAUUAUGAAGGCCCGUCCAGCGGAAUGGAAGCGACAAUCGUGUGCGAGGGUUUCAAAGAAUCCACCAAUAUGUAUGGGCUAAUAUAUGGCAAUAUUGUGGCUGAUGGUGAUUCUGCAACCUAUGCUAAAAUAUUAGCAUCAGAUCCGUAUGAAGGCUACGUAGUUUCGAAAAUAGAAUGCCGAAAUCACGUUCUGCGAAAUAUGUGUAAUAAGCUGCGUGCACUAGGUAAAGAUACAAAAUACCCAAAAGUGCAGAGAAAACAUAUUACCGACGAGAAAGUUAUGAGUAUGAGAAAAGUCGUCACAACUUCAAUCAAACACAAUAAAAAUAAUCCCAGGGAUAUCGCUAUAAGACAAAUUCACGAAGACAUAACCAAUUCAUUGAACCACGCAUACGGGGACCACAGACGUUGCAAAGAUUAUUGCUGCUCUAAAGAUAAAUCCAUUUUGUCAUCAACUGUGGGAGAGCUUGAACACUCGACAUUUUGGUUUCGGCUAAAAGUCAUUUUAAAUUCGGUAGCCUCAAAAUCUCGGAGUCUACUGGAAGACGUUGACACCAAUGCUGUUGAGAGAUUCAACAGCAUGGUUGCCAAAUUCGUAGGAGGCAAAAGAAUCAAUUUUGCUUCUCGACGAUCAUAUCAGGCGAGAUGCUCUGCUGCUGUUGUUUCCUACAAUACCAAACGACCUCUUUACACCCUACAUAAAAAAAUAUUGGGAAAGAGUCCUGUGGGCAGCUUACAAAAACUAGAAGGAAGGAGAGAGCAAAAAAGAAAGCAAGCCAACGCUGUGAAAAGAAAAAAAAAUAGAACUAAACUUUUCGAGAAACAAAAUGACUAUGGUGGACGAGUAGCUGCGCCAGAUAUGUCUGUCGAAGACUAUAGUGCAGCGUCUGCAGAUUUUAUGACGAAUCUGAAUACACUGGUUUGUGACCGGGAGGGAAUACAAAAACGGACGACACUGCAACGCGAAAGCACUGAAUGGUUACAAAUCAGGAGAUUGAUGCUAACUGCUUCAAACUUUGGAGCAAUAAUAAAGAGAAAAAAAAAUUUUGCUGCUCUCGUGAACAACAUUUUAUAUAAAUCAAAUAUUUCAUCUAUCGCAUCAGUGGCACAUGGACUCAGCAAUGAAAAAUUCGCGCUUCAGCAACUGAGCAGCCAAGAAAACUUACGGAUUGAGGAAUGUGGACUUUUUGUGGACCAUGAAUUUCCUUACAUUGGUGCCACUCCGGAUGGAGUCGUAGGAGAAAAUACAAUCGUUGAGGUCAAAUGCCCUGUAGCUGCCUUCAAAAACGGCAUGGAAAAUGCUAUCAAACAAAACAAGGUUCAAAUUCUAAAGUUCAACAAAAAGAAUGGCCAAGUUACUAUAAAUAAAAAUAGUAACUGGUACUAUCAGGCUCAAGGGCAACUACGAGUGACGGGCAAGCAGAGAUGCGUUUUCGGGAUAUGGGGAGGGGAAAACGAAAAAAUGGAAGUUAUAUAUGUCCAAAAAGAUGAGGACUUUUGGAAAAAUAAAAUGGAGGCAAAACUGGUCAACUUUUACCAUACGCAAAUUCUCCCAGAGUUGGUAGAUUCCCGCCGAAACCGUGGUAUGCCAUUGAGAGGUAGUGAAAAAUAAUUUCUAGCCUAUAAUUGACUCGCAAAAGCGCUGUGCGCUUUUCGUAUAUAAUAAAUAUAAUAAAACCAG